AUUUUUAAACAGGACCUGACGUUUACGCUAUGCAUGCACGAGACCUGGACGGACACUCGGUUAAAAUUUAUCUCAAAUUCUGACGACAACAGCAUUGUGCUACCGAGUAGAUUAAUCAGCAAGCUAUGGGUGCCAGAUCUGUACAUUGUCGGUUCAAAGAGUUCAUUUAUCCACAAAACUACGGUUGAUAAUCUUGUUUUGAGACUUUUUAACGACGGCAGCAUUUUUUACAACGUAAAAAUAACGACGACUGUUGCAUGUCAAAUGAACCUCUACAACUUUCCAUUAGACAUGGAAAACUGUUCACUGACAUUCCAAAGCUUGGGUUACACGAGCGAUGAAGUGAACUUAGAAUGGAUGGUCGGUAGUCACAUGGAAGAUUUAUUUAUGGACACGAGACUCGUUACCAGUAUGCCUAAGUUUCAACUUGUUCAUCAUAAUUUUCAUUCACGGAACGUUACCAUCACAGAAGCUGACCGUUACGCUGGGAUGAGAUCUCAACUUAAAGUCAGCUUUGAGCUGAAGCGAUAUUUGUUGUCAGUUUUUUUCCAAUCUUACUUCCCAGCAUUGAUUAUGGUGGUGUUGGCAGGACUUGGAAUGUGGAUUGAUCCAAGAUCUGUGCCUGCUAGAGUGGCAUUAGGUGUGACUUCAGUGCUGACAAUCUCAACAAUUAUCACUGGUUUAAAAGCUUCGCUCCCUAAGGUGUCGUAUCUAACCGCUAUGGAUAUUUAUCUAUGGGUCUGCUUUCUCUUCGUUUUCUCCACCGUUCUCGAGUUUUGCUGCCUUAAUUUCAUUAUGACGGAACGAGGAAAGAAAUCGCUCAAGAAAUUCCAGCAAACAAUUCCAGCCCCGGCACAAAUUGAAAAAUAUCCAAAAAUCAAGCCGAGCAUCGUAAGAAACGGUAUUACGUCACAGUCGAAGCGAAAAGAUAACAAAGACUCGCAGAGCACGAGGUACCAGCAUCAUAAACUAUCGGACGACGUAGCGAUUAUAUUCCGUAGUCUUCCGUCCCUGGGCGACGGACAAGAAGACACGAAAUCAACAAGUACAGAUUUGACCCCAAAACACCCAAAGGGGCUUAAAAUGCAAGUUCCGUCGUCAUUACAACGAAUCAACCCACGAAAAUGUUUGCCUUCGGAUGCCGAAUCAUUGGAUGUGUUUUUCCGUGUUGGUUAUUUCUAUUCAUUCCUUGUAUUCAACGGAAUUUACUGGGGUUACUAUGUAAUGGCUACACAACAUGAGGGUGGGGAAGAGAGCUAGUUGAAACUGAACACCAGGACGUUUUAUUGGAAACUCGACACUGUGGGGACACUUUUUUCAAUACAGAGUGUAACACUCGUGUAUUUAUGAACGCUGUAUUUUAACAGUUUAAAAUACAGAAAAUUCAAUCAUGUUCUACAUUAUAAGAGGUAGAAACAUUUCAGUGUUAGUAAAUUUUACACAAAUACAAUUUCUACCUCUGUAGUCAUAA